AAUGAAUAUCUCACAUUGUAUUUGCUUGAGCUAUUGUAUUUUAACACUUUUUCCCGACACAUUUUUCAUUAAAUUUCGAUAGUGUAGUAUAAAUAAGAGACAGAUUUAAGACAGAACGAUAUAAACAUAAAAUUGAGCAAAGAAAACAUAAGGACCUUGGUAGUGGAAUUUGAUUAAUUUGAUUUAGGUAUUAUAUCUCAAAUGACGAAGAAGUUAAUAAUGUAUAUAGUUUCUAUGUAUAGGUUACGCGUGGUUAAAGUAGAGAACUGGGUAUUUUGUAAAUUAUGUUGUAUAAAAUGAUAUUUGUGUACUAUUAUCGUACAUAUAAUGCACGUCAACGAAAUUAUAGUAUUAAGUGCUUAAUAAGUUUACUUUUAUAAAUUUGUCACUUUAUUUUUAACGAGUAUUUGGUUUCGUUACAAGAAAAUAAAAAAGACGCACCCGUAUAGAGUCGGUGGUGGUAAUAUUUGGAAAAUAUAAAAUACGUUGGCGUGAAAAGUAUGAAUAGUCGGCAGAGGUAGUUUGCUGUAUAGGCAGGGGAGGGGGAUGUCGAUGAGAGAGAGCUGACAUAUUCGGGUAAACGACUGGGAUGGGGAAACCGACAGUGGUGGUAUACAGAUCGCCGGGCUCGUGGAUGACGGCGAUCGCGCUGUAGGGUGGCGGUAGAACGAGGAAAAGAACCAGCUAUCAUUUAAAGAUGGCAGCACUGUUUACAGUAUUGCGGGGGACAAUUUUACCCUCUUUCCGCCGGGGAGGCUGGUCGCAGCCAUCGCUGCCGGAGCGUGCUUCUAUAUUUUUCACAACCGUCGGCAGUCGACGUUUAAACGCGCUACUAGAUCGGUCUAGGUUGGUCGUACGUAUUGCCGUCGUCGUGAUCGUGUUUUGUCGUGGUCGUAAUUUGUUCGUUAUAUCUGGUGAUUUCUCGUCCGUUGCGUUUAUAUAAAGUGUAUAUAUCGGUACAACGUUUGUAACCACCGCUGCGUUUUCGAUUAUUUUUCUCAUUUAUUUAUUUACAUCGACAUAGAUGUAAUUUUUUUUAUUAAAAGUCCUCCACACUUCAUCCUUUUUUAACUUAUCACUCUGAUAUUCUGAUAACCAACAUGUUUGAGUGUUUUUCUUUUACUGUCUGUAAAUAUGUAUAAUACAAAUAUAUUUAUAUACGCACGACAUAUAAACAUAAUAUGUAUAUUCCCGUGUUUUUUAACUAUUAUUAUUUCCAUCGUGCCGCUGCCACCGUAACUGCCGUCAUGUUUUCUUCUCUUUCUUUGCUUCUCACUUAAUAGCCUUUUAUCUCGAGUACUUAGUUUUCGUCGUUUCAAUCGUCAUAUACACUAUACGUUUUCUCGCGCCGAUCAGCAGUGUACUCAAGUAUCGAAAUUUAUUUGUGCGAUGGAGUCCGACACGAUGUCUACUUAGGUGUUGAGUCGAUUAUUGAUAAUAAUAAUAUAUACUAUAACGAUUGUCCCGAUUGUAACAUCGCGUAACGUCGCGGGUGUACGAAGGACCUCUACCGAAAUCGUGUUCAAACGGAAACGAACGAACAUACUGUGGAAUUCUGUCAAACAUCUUAAUAUAAUAUUGUAUAAUAUUAUAUAUAUUUUAUAUAAUAUGUGCCGAUCGAUUUUUUACGGUUGAACACGGGUGGACGACGGUAGUGUCGCGUCGACGUCGCCGCCAACGACGACCGUCGUUCGAAUGAUAUUGCAGCUACCGUUGUUGUCGUCGUCAUCGCCGACGCCGUCGCCGCCACUGACGACGGUGUGCUGAUGGAGUCGUUGGAGCGGUGGAUGCGGGUGGGCGGCAGCAGGACGCCGAGUAACGUGGUCGGCGAGGUGGUGGCCGGCGUGGGAGGGGCUGCGGCGGCCGCCGUAAGCCAGGCGCCAACACUGGUCUCCGCCGCCGCCGCCACACAGCCGACGCCCGGUGUUGCGGCGCUCGUCCGAAAGGGUCGGCGCCAUCUGAGCGCCACUUUCUGCCUGGCCGGCGACACCAUGGAGGGAAUCAUACAGUGCCUGGUCUUCCUCAAGGCGUUUUCGUUGGUUGGCGGCGAAUUCGACAUGGAAUUAAACUUUAUCAUACAAGAUGCGCAAAACAUCCGACAUAUGUUAGAACUUUUAGACCAUUGUCCUCCGAACUUACAGGCCGAAAUAUGGAGCGUUUUCAUUGCCAUCCUGAGAAAAUCCGUUCGAAAUCUGCAAGCGUGCACCGACGUCGGACUAAUUGAGUUGGUCGUAAACAGACUAGCGCGUGCCGACACCGUCGUAGCAGAUCUGUUAAUUGACAUGCUUGGGGUACUUGCUAGUUUCAGUAUAACUGUGAAGGAGUUAAAACUGCUAUUGGGUUCAAUGAAAGCUGUAAACGGAAAAUGGCCAAAACACUCCACCAAGCUUUUGAACGUUUUGCGACAGAUGCCGCAAAGGAAUGGUCCGGAUGUCUUCUUCAGUUUUCCUGGAAAAAAAGGAUCGGCCAUUGUUCUGCCACCGUUAGCGAAAUGGCCAUAUGAAAACGGUUUUACGUUUUGUACGUGGUUUCGACUGGAUCCCAUCAAUUCGGUGAACAUUGAACGUGAAAAGCCGUAUCUAUACUGUUUCAAAACUAGUAAAGGUGUCGGCUACUCAGCCCAUUUCGUGGGAAAUUGUUUAGUGUUGACUUCCAUGAAGAUUAAAGGCAAAGGUUUCCAACAUUGCGUAAAAUAUGAAUUUCAACCCCGGAAGUGGUACAUGAUAGCCAUUGUAUACAUUUACAACCGAUGGACAAAAAGCGAAAUCAAAUGUGUGGUGAACGGUCAACUGGCGUCGAGUACAGAAAUGGCUUGGUUCGUGUCUGCCAACGAGCCGUUCGAUAAAUGUUACAUUGGAGCAACGCCGGAACUGGACGAAGACCGUGUGUUUUGCGGUCAAAUGUCAGCCAUCUAUUUGUUUAGCGAAGCGUUGACAACCCACCAAAUAUGUGCCAUACAUAGAUUAGGUCCAGGAUAUAAAUGCCAAUUUCGUUUUGAUAAUGAAUGCCAUUUAAGUCUACCAGAGAAUCACAAAAGGGUGAGUGAAUUUAAGAAUUUGAGCCAAACCCAGAAUUCAGAUAUUUCUCGCAUGCCCCAACACGCUGUCGAUAGUUCUGUCUUGUAUGAUGGUAAAUUGUCAAAUGCAAUAGUGUUUAUGUAUAAUCCUGUAGCAACUGAUGGCCAACUAUGUUUGCAAUCAACUCCAAAAGGAAAUGCAUCAUAUUUUGUGCAUACGCCACAUGCACUCAUGUUACAGGAUGUAAAAGCUGUUAUUACCCAUUCCAUACACAGUACUCUAAAUUCUGUUGGAGGCAUACAGGUUCUGUUUCCAUUAUUUGCUCAACUUGAUUUGUCUGCUGAACCUAUGGAUAAAAAAGAUGCUUCUAUAUGUUGGAAGUUAUUAGGUUUCAUUUGUGAUAUGGUUGAAACUUCACAGACGGUACAGCAGCACAUGAUUCAAAACCGUGGAUUUCUAGUCAUUAGUUAUAUGUUACAAAGGUCAUCUAGGGACCAUCUAACGCUCGAAGUGUUGGGUUCAUUCCUUCGGCUCACCAAACACCUAGUUACCUGUCUUACACCCAACAACGAGUUACUACUGAAACAGCUCCUCGAUCAUAUACUUUUCAAUCCCGGUCUGUGGAUAUACACACCAACUCAUGUACAAACUAGGCUUUAUACAUAUCUGGCAACAGAAUUCCUUUCAGACACCCAAAUUUAUUCAAAUGUACGACGCGUAUCUACUGUACUUCAAACUGUCCAUACACUUAAAUACUACUACUGGGUUGUGAAUCCAAGGAAUAAGAGCGGUAUCAUACCAAAAGGACUUGACGGUCCUCGGCCUGCUCAAAAAGACAUAUUGAUUAUUAGAGGUUACAUAUUGUUGUUUCUUAAGCAACUAAUGAUGUUAGGCGUAGGUUUAAAAGAAGACGAGCUUCAAAGUAUUAUUAAUUACUUGACAACUGUUUGUGAGGAUGAAAAUCUACAUGACGUUCUUCAAACCCUUAUGUCACUUAUGUCUGAACAGCCAGCAUCGAUGAUACCAGCCUUUGACGUAAAACAUGGUGUACGCUGUGUAUUUAAACUAGUGGCAUCUGAAAGCCAACUAAUUCGACUUCAAGCACUAAAACUCUUAGGAUUCUUCUUGAGCCGCAGUACACAUAAAAGGAAAUAUGAUGUGAUGAGUCCUUAUAAUUUAUAUACUCUUCUGUCAGAACGUUUAAUGUUAAAUGAAGAAACUAUUACACUACCCACUUAUAAUGUUCUUUAUGAGAUAUUAACAGAACGGAUUAGUCAACAAAUACUUUAUACCAGGCAUCCAGAACCUGAUAGUAAUUGCAGAUUAGAAAAUCCUAUGAUUCUCAAGGUAGUAGCUACUCUAAUUCGUCAAGCAAAACCAUCCGAGCAAUUAUUGGAAGUAAAAAAACUGUUUUUAUCUGACAUGACAAUACUUUGUAGUAAUAAUCGUGAGAAUAGACGUACAGUAUUGCAAAUGUCUGUUUGGCAAGAAUGGCUGAUAGCAAUGGCAUAUAUUCAUCCAAGAACGUGUGAAGAGCAAAAAGUGUCCGAUAUGGUCUAUAAUUUAUUCACUAUGUUACUUCAUCAUGCUAUCAAACAUGAAUAUGGUGGUUGGCGAGUGUGGGUCGACACUUUGGCAAUAGUACAUUCAAAGGUAUCCUUUGAAGAGUUUAAACUUCAGUUUGCUUUAAUGUAUGAACACUAUGAGCGCCAACGUAGUGACAACAUUACAGACCCACGUCUACGUCAGCAGCGUCCAAUUAGUACUAUAUCUGGUUGGGAAAACCAACCUCCUGCACCUCCCAUAAAUCAUUCUCCAUCUGAAACUCCAGAAUCUACUAUUAGUACACCUGUGAAAGAUGCUUCAGCACUUACAGAAUGCAAAGAAAAAGAUGAACAAGAAUUUCCAACAAAUUCUGAAAAUGCAUCAAGAGAAAGUGAAAUUGAAGAUCAAGAAUCGUUGAUUUUAAGUGACACCACAAAAAAAGAAACUUUUAUAAAUAGCGAGAAAGAGAGUAAUGCAUUAAGAACCCAAACUCAGAGUAAUGAAUUAAGCUCCUCAAUAGAAAUUGUAAAAACAAGUGAAGAAAUAUUAAAAGAAAUUGAAAAUAAAUUUGAUGAUGUGUCCAAAGAAAAUGAAAAUAAAGAUUUAGAAUCACUUAAAGAAACAACAAUUGAUGAAUCAGUACCUACUAUAGAGAGCAAACAAGAUGUUUUAGAUUUGAAUAAAAAUAAUGAAAUCAAUAUUAUUGAACAAGUUAAUGAUGUAAUUACAUCAAAAGUAGUUGAAAAUGAAAACAUAAAAUUAAUUAUUCCAGACGAAAUUAAAAUAGUUGAUGCUGCUGCCAAAAAUACUGUUCAACUAGAUAAUUCUUCAACAGAAAAAUAUUUACAAGUGAAUGGUGAAGUUUUACAAGUUGAUCAUGAUAGCCUUGAACAUAAUUUUGAGGACAUAAUUGAAAACCACGUAGUAUCUAAUGGUGAUGACAUAGUAUCAAAAGAUAUUAAAUUACAAAAUAGGUUAAAUGCUCUCCUAAGUGAAGAUCUCAAAGAUAAUAUUACCAAAAAAGAAAAUAUUGAUACUCCAAUAAUGAUUGAUUCAGGAUCCAAUGAAAGUGUUAAAGAAAAAAUGAAUGGCAAUGUUCUAAAUCAAGACAGUAUUAGUAAUAGCAGUGAUAGUGAAACAAUUGUAAAUUCAGAAUGUUUACAGCAUGAAGUUAAUGUAAAUGGUAUAGAAAAUAAUAGUGAACAAAAUGUUGUUGCUCAACCAAUAUCUGUGAUAACAGUUCAGACAUGCGACACUGUUGAUAGUGAUUGCUCAGAGGCAUAUUUAACACCAAAUGAACUUAAUGAUACACCAAAAAAAAAAUUGGAAAAAAUCAAUUUGAAUGUAAAUGAUCAUAUCAGCAUUAUUAAUGAUGAUGUUAUGUCUCAAUUAAAUCCGUCCAUAGAAUCCAAUAAUGAAAUGGAAAUUAUAAAACAACAAAUAGAAGAGGGAAAUGUUGAAAAAUUAGAAGAAAAUAUUAGUACUACAGCAGAUAAUGUUAACAAAGUAGAAGAAAAUGUUAAUAAAUUAGAAGAAAAAAUAAAUAAUAUUGAAGAAAUUAUUGAUAAAAUAGAAGAAAAUGUUGUUAACACAAAUGAAACUAACCAUACCAUAGAUGAAAAUAUAAAUAAAGUAAUGGAACAUGUUAAUAUAAUAGAAGAAGACAAAAUUAAUUUAGAAAAUGAUAAAACUAUUGAAAACUCUAAUAAAACCGAGAAUGAGUAUACAGAAGACGAGAGCAACAAAUCAGAAAAUGUAGAAACUGAAUCUAUACCAAUGACUGAUAAUGUUACGGAAAUUAUUAUGGAAAAUAAGUGUCUAGAAACAUCAGAAUCUACUUCGGAAAAUGGAGUUGAAGACAAAAAAAAUAUAAAGACUGAGAAAAAACCAGUAGCUCCAAAUAUAGAUACAAGACCAAUGUUUAAUCCAGGCCCAUCCAGACCUCCUUUUAGAAUUCCAGAAUUCAAAUGGUCUUAUAUUCAUCAAAGAUUACUAUCUGAUGUACUGUAUUCACUUGAAUCUAACAUUCAAGUUUGGAGAGGCCAUUCAACCAAAUCUGUUUUGGACUUUGUUAAUGGAGCUGAGAAUGCAAUUUUUGUUGUCAAUACUGUACAUUUGAUCUCACAGUUGUCGGAUAACUUGAUCAUAGCUUGCGGUGGACUAUUACCAUUACUUGCAUCCGCCACAUCGCCUAAUAGUGAGUUAGAUAUUAUGGAACCUACUCAAGGAAUGACAGUCGAAGUUGCCGCGUCUUUACUACAAAGAUUAGUCAACAUGGCUGAUGUUUUAGUAUUUGCUAGUUCUCUGAAUUUCUCUGAACUAGAAACGGAAAAGAAUAUGUCAAGUGGUGGAAUACUACGACAAUGUCUGCGAUUAGUUUGCACAAAUGCUGUGCGUAACUGUUUAGAAUGCAAAGAACGUAGUCGCCUGUUGGUCUUACCUUCACAACCGAGUAAUCCUAAACAGUUACAUUUGCAGUCACUUAUCCGAGCUGGUCAAUCAUCACCUAAGAGUUUAAUUGAUGGCUCCACAAAUCCUAUACGUGAUCCAGAAAAACUAUUACAAGAAAUGGAUAUUAAUCGUUUGCGUGCAGUUAUCUAUAGAGAUGUGGAAGAAACUAAGCAAGCGCAGUUUCUAUCAUUGGCUAUUGUUUAUUUUGUGUCUGUGCUGAUGGUAUCCAAGUAUAGAGACAUAUUGGAACCACCAACAUCAUUAUUACAAAUACAUGGGAACGCUCAACCAAACAAUAAUCCAACCCGAUCAGAAAGUCCGCCAAAUUGUCAUGGUACAAGACCGUUGUUUCCUCAAUGGUCCCAUCAUGUAUAUCCUCAAUUCCUACCUCCGUCUCACUCAAUAGAUCCACAAAUGCCCCAUAACUUCGGCCACCGCAACAUUAUGUCACAUUACGCUGCGCCCUCGUUAGGACAACAAGACGAGGAAGACUAUAAUAUGAUGAUGACAUCAAUGGACAAUUUAAAUCAUACUUCACAAGUGCCAACUAUACCGUGCAACAAGAGUACAUGCUCUGAAGAAUUAGCAUCUACAAGCUCAGCAGCAUGUAGUGAUGCUGAAAGCAAUGAUACUGAUGUCAAAGCAAGCACCAUAGCAUCUGCUCAUAAUGAAGAAGCUUGGACCGAUGUAAAUCUUAAUGAGGACUCUCAGUCUAACAAUGAAGAUGAUGGAAGAAUACAUAGAGAUAUACGUGGUGAUAAACCUCUCAGUGAAAUAUCUGUAGUAAAUGUCCCGACAUCAGUCACACAAAACGUGAACAUGCAAAAUCCUGGACAUAGCGUUGAGGACUUUGGAUUAAAAAAUGUCAACCUGCCUCAUCAAACGCAUUUGCCCAACAGAGAGGCGUCUCUUACACACAAAUUGGAAGCAGCACUGGGUUCCGUUUGCCCACUUUUACGAGAAAUAAUGGUUGAUUUUGCUCCGUUUUUGUCGAAGACCCUUGUUGGUUCCCAUGGUCAAGAGUUGCUCAUGGAAGGCAAAGGAUUGACGACAUUUAAAAACAGUCAGUCUGUCGUUGAACUAGUAAUGUUGUUGUGCUCUCAAGAAUGGCAAAAUUCGUUGCAAAAACACGCGGGUCUUGCUUUUAUCGAACUCAUUAACGAAGGACGAUUAUUGUCACAUGCCAUGAAAGAUCAUAUCGUCCGCGUAGCCAAUGAAGCCGAAUUCAUAUUGAAUAGAAUGAGAGCUGAUGACGUGUUGAAACACGCUGAUUUUGAAGCUCACUGUGCUCAAACAACGCUGGAACGCCGCGAAGAAGAAAAAAUGUGUGAUCAUCUGAUAACGGCUGCGAGACGUCGCGACAGCGUAGUGGCAAGUCGCAUUCUGGACAAAAUCUGUAACAUAUUGUCCAACAAGCAUGGUGCUUGGGGUUAUCUUCAUGAGAACAUUCCCAUAAGAAUGUCUCAGUUUUGGAAAUUGGACGUAUGGGAGGACGACGCAAGACGACGCAAACGAUUUGUGCCCAAUCCACGAGGAACAACUCAUCCAGAAGCAACGUUAAAGGCUGCAUUAGAACACGGUGCACCGCAAGACGCUAUACUACAGGCCAGAGAAGAAGUUUUUCACGCUCAACUGGUGGCUAUGAGCACUCAAAGCGGUCCGGGUAGUCAGUCCUCAGACUUACUCGAUGAUUCAGAACUAAUGACUGACGACAGAGAACUAGACGCCGACCUUGUUGGCCCAGUAAAUAUCAGCACAAGAGCGUCGUUAAUAUCGGCUGGUGUUGUUGCACCUGGUAUUGUAUCCAUAACAUCUGCAGAGUUGUACUUUGAAGUCGACGAAGAUGAUCCUGAAUUCAAAAAAUUAGAUCCCGAGGUGCUGAAAUACUGCGAUCAUUUACAUGGAAAAUGGUACUUUUCGGAAAUCAGAGCAAUAUUCUCGCGCCGGUACUUAUUGCAGAACAUCGCCAUUGAAAUAUUUAUGGCCAGUCGAACAUCCGUGAUGUUUUCAUUCCCUGACCAGAAUACAGUUAAACGAGUCAUCAAGGCAUUGCCCAGGGUUGGAGUAGGUAUCAAGUAUGGCUUACCACAAACCAGACGCGCGUCCAUGAUGUCUCCCAGGCAAUUGAUGAGAAACUCGAACAUGACUCAAAAGUGGCAGCGCCGCGAGAUAUCCAACUUUGAGUAUCUAAUGUUCCUCAACACCAUAGCCGGACGAACUUACAACGAUUUGAAUCAAUAUCCAGUUUUUCCAUGGGUUCUUACCAAUUAUGAAUCGACUGAAAUGGACCUAGGUCUUCCAUCCAACUACCGCGAUUUAUCAAAACCCAUCGGAGCGUUGAAUCCCAGUCGCAAAGCCUACUUUGAAGAGCGAUACGGCUCUUGGGAAAACGAAAGCAUUCCGCCAUUCCAUUACGGUACCCAUUAUUCGACUGCAGCUUUUGUACUAAAUUGGCUGAUCAGAAUUGAACCGUUCACCACAAUGUUUUUAGCUCUACAAGGUGGCAAAUUUGACCAUCCCAACCGAUUGUUUUCUUCGAUUGCGCUGUCUUGGAAGAACUGUCAACGAGACACUUCCGACGUUAAGGAAUUAAUACCCGAACUGUUUUUCCUACCUGAAAUGUUGUCCAACGACAACGAGUACAAAUUGGGACACCAAGAAGACGGUACAUCGGUAGAUAAUGUCGAGUUGCCGCCGUGGGCUACUUCGCCCGAAGAGUUCAUCAGGAUCAACAGAAUGGCUUUGGAAUCCGAAUUCGUAUCGUGUCAACUACAUCAAUGGAUCGACUUGAUAUUCGGAUACAAACAGAGAGGACCGGAAGCCAUAAGAGCGUCCAACGUAUUCUACUACUUGACGUACGAAGGAAGCGUCGAUAUGGACACUAUAACCGAUCCGAUAAUGAAAGAAGCCAUUGAAAAUCAGAUACGCUGUUUCGGUCAGACGCCUUCUCAACUGUUGAUGGAACCGCAUUUGCCUCGAAGUUCGGCUAUGCACAUCUCGCCGAUGAUGUUCACUAGCAUUCCUGACGACGUAUGUAUGACCAUGAAGUUCCCGUCCAAUUCGCCGAUUUGCCAUAUAUCGGCGAACACGUUCCCUCAGCUACCGAUGCCGGCCGUCGUCACCGUGACUACUAACAUGCAAUUCGCAAUAAACCGAUGGAACACCAACUAUUCUGUGACAAUUCAAUCGCCCAGUUAUGCUGAAAGCCCCCAACAGCCUAACGUAAAUUUACCUCUCGUCAUGGACCAAAUUUUGACUCAAUCAAAUAGCAAUGUAAACGUGACAUUGAAACGCCAUCUAGGGGAUAACUUCAGUCAGAAAUUGAAAAUCAAGUGGAAUUGUUUUGUAACGACUGUUGACAGUCGUUUCUUAAUAGUUUGUGGUUUUUGGGACAACAGUUUUAGAGUCUUUUCCACAGAAACUGCAAAAAUUGUUCAAAUUGUAUUUGGCCACUAUGGAGUGGUGACGUGCUUAAGUCGCAGUGAGUGCAACAUUACUUCAGACUGUUACAUUGCCAGUGGAUCAUCUGACUGUACUAUUCUAUUGUGGCAUUGGAAUGCGAGAAGUCAGACAAUAGUUGGGGAAGGUGAUCAUCCAACUCCUAGAGCAACAUUAACAGGCCAUGAACAACCGGUUACUUCAGUGGCAAUUUCUGCUGAACUUGGAUUGGUCGUAUCUGCAUCCUCAGGUGGUCCAGUUCUUGUUCACACCACGUUUGGUGAUCUCCUGAGGUCGUUGGAUCCCCCUAAUGGAUUUGAAAACCCUGAGUGUGCUGUCAUGUCUCGAGAAGGCAUAAUUGUUGUUAACUAUGAACAUGGUAGCAUUGCAGCAUUUACAAUUAAUGGCAAAAGACUGAGACAUACUACACACAAUGAUAAUAUCCAAUGUAUGUUGUUAAGCAGAGAUGGCGAGUACUUGAUGACUGGAGGUGAUAAAGGAAUCGUUGAAGUAUGGAGAACAUUUAAUUUAUCAUUACUCUAUGCUUUCCCGGCAUGUGAUAGCAGCGUACGGUCAUUGGGGCUUACACAUGACCAAAAAUUUUUAUUGGCUGGACUGUCUACUGGAUCGAUUGUCAUAUUCCAUAUUGAUUACAACAGAUGGCACCAUGAAUUCCAACAGAGAUAUUAAUCACCUCUACACUUGUAUUUCAUAUAUAUAUCUAUAUGCAACUAUAAUUGAAUUCAUUAAUAAUAUUAUAUAAAGCUGGAGCUCAAUGUAAAUGUUUACUUACCAGUUAUAUGUAUGCAAUAAUUCGAUCAUUUGAUAUGUAUAAAUGUGAUGUAUUAUUGUGGAAUGGUUUGUUGUAUGUCUUGCAAUAAACAAUGUUUAAGGCAGACAAUUUAUAUUUAUGUUCAAAAGGAAAGAGUGUUACCAUAUAUUUACAAUUGUCUAUUCAAAUUUUAUUUGUUUUCAUAGUGAUUAUGUUGGUAUUUAUUAAUCAACGUAGUGAUUACUGUCUGUUAAUAUUACAACUUCACUUGGUUAAACAUUAUGGUUGUAAUCAUAAAUGUGUAUUUCAUAUUGUUUCUUCUCUAAAUCACUUUUUUUUUAAUGUGUUUGGGAAUUUUUUUUAUUUAUUUGAGAUAUGUAGUUUAUUAUUUUUAAUCAAAAAUCGCUUUUUUAUUAUAAAAACGAUAUUUUCUUAACACUUCAAAAAAAAAUCUUAUUUUCACCAAAUGUGAAUAUACGUUUAAAAUAAUCGUUUAUUACUAGUAGGCCUAGUCAAUAACUUACAAAUAUGAUAUAAAUAUAUUAAUGAAUUUUAAUAUUACUAUGUAUCAAAACUAUGGUUGUAAUAAAAUACAUUCCAUUUAAUUAACAAUACAUUCCAAAACAAAAAAAAAUUAUAUUUUUGAGGUAUAAUUUUUUACUCUGCAUUAUUGUGAUAAUUUUAUUCAAUUUCUGUUGAUUUCAAAAAAGUAUUAAAAUUCGAAUAACAUGUAAAACGCGUGACGUGUUUAUGUUAGUGUUAUUACUUACAGUAUUUUUUUUUUUAUCUGUAUUUACGAAUUGCCAGUAUUUACAAUUAAUAGUUAUUAGAACUAUUUCAUUAAUGCUAAUAUUAUGAUGUAACAACAAAACUGUGCGCAUAAAGGUUUUGUCAAUAUUGCCAUUUAUUAUUACAUAUAGGUAUAUAUUUGUGUAUAAUAUUGCUAUUAAUCCAGUAAAAUUAAUUGAAUAAUUACUGUGAUAUACUCCAUUUUCAAUAUGUGUACAUUUUUUUUUCGGUGCCUAAAAAUAUUAAAACUUAACAAUUUAUUGAAUUUCAAACUUAAUAUUAUUAUAAUACUAAUAAAAUGUAUAUAUUACAUUAUGUUGGUUGCACGUAACUUGUAUGAUACUAUAGACUAGUAGUUUUGUAUAAUGAAGUUAAAUAAUGAAUGUAUGUACGCGUUAUUAACAUCUAUAAUGUGUUAUAUUUCUAUAGUGCCUAAAGAACAGAGCAUUUAAGUUGUGUGCCAACCACAUUAGUGAUGCAUUAAAAAAGCUCAUUUAAAAAUUAAUGUUUGUUGUAUGUGUAAUAAUAAGAAACCAAGGUUGUGGCAGGUUCAUUUCUUUUAUUUGUAUUAUUUUUUUUCCUAUACUUGAAACAUUUUGUCUUCAGCCGUUUUAAUAAUAAUAUAAUCAUAAUUUUUAUUUACAUAGUAUUAUAUUAGGUCAUUGUCAAUUUCUUUAUAAAACAUUAUUUAGUACUUAAUUUCAUUAGGUGUAUCGUAUAUAUACAUAAUAUGUUUAUAUAGAAUGUUAAUAUCAAUCAAAACCCUAAAUGUAGCAAAGUUAUUAUUAUUGACAGUAUUGUGUAGGAAAAAUAUUGUUGGUUUGAAACGUUAUUAUGAAUAUUACUUAUUGUAUUAUUCUGAAUUUAUUAUUCCCUCCAUACUGUAAUGGUUACACUUAUUCUUAUUAUUAUUUUUUUUUUUUAGAAAAUAUUUGUUUGUUUAAUACACUUCUUAAAAUGUUUAUUUAAAAUAUAAUGUAAUAAUUAUAUUAAUUUAUCUUGAAGUUUUGCCACUAUAGAUGAUACAAUUAGUCUUUUAAUUUGUGCAAUACUAGAAUUUUCAAAUUUUAAACACUGAUACCCUAUUUUAAUAAAACCAUAUUUAUUAGGUAGGUAUUAUACAUAAAUAUAUUAUACUUUUUUUUGUUAUUUUAUUUUACUUAAAAAUAUUAUUGGGUCUUAUUAAGUAAUACACAAACAGAAUUUACCACGUAGUAAUAAUAAUUAUUAUUUAUUUAUUAAUAUUGUAGGUAUUUUAUUAUUAUUAUUAUUUUUUUUUUUUUAGUUUGUUAACAUAUUAUUUUUUUUUAGUGUCUUAUUGCUCUGUUGUAAUAGACAUAUUAUUAUUUUACUUAUCAAAUUAAUUUUAUUCAAUUUUUAAUAUUUAAUACAACCGCCAGUAUUGAAUGUGAUGUGCCUAAUAAGUAUUUACUUAUUUAUUGUAUGAGUUAAAUAAAACUUACUGUACUUAAU